AUGGAUCAACUGAACGUCUCGCCCGAUCAAAAGUCUCAUUGCAAGAUUUCCUUGAUGCCUUGUGCUCCUGCCAUUACGUCUCCCCUCGACGCCUUCAAGAACUCGAACUCCUCUACAAACGGCACCAUUUCUUCUCACACCAGGAAGAGAAAGGCGGCUGAGGCAGCGGCAGAGGUAGACGCGGAAGCAACACCCCAACCUGCAAAGAGAAUAACCACGAGGACGGCCUCAGCAGCUGCAGUUUCCCCACCUACGCCACUCACCAUGGACUCAGACGACGAUUUCAUGUCUGGCAUUUCCAGCGACGAGGACAACCUGCAGGAUGGGAGCGAUGAUGGGAACGGAUCCGCAGAUGACUUCGAUUUCGAUGAACCAGAGCCCGAUCUUGGAUACGCACAUAAUAAUGCCGACAUCAAGCACAUGAAGAAGAAGUUUGAUACGAGUUUCAAGGUCUACCGCCCAAAUGAUAUCCAAGCCCAACAAGAUGAGCUCAUCGAUGAAGUGAACAUGAUCCUCGAUAUUGGAAAAGAAGACGCCGCAAUCCUACUAAGACACUUUAGAUGGAACAAAGAGAGGCUGAUUGAGGACUACAUGGACCGACCAAAGAAAGUACUCGAAGAUGCUGGGCUAGGAUCAAACACGUCCGGACCUCCCCGCCUCGAGACUAUUCCAGGCUUCGCUUGCGACAUCUGCUGCGAGGACGAGGCUGGGCUCCAGUCUUUUGCCAUGAAGUGUGGACAUCGAUACUGCGUUACCUGCUACAAUCAAUACCUAACACAGAAGAUCAAGGAGGAAGGUGAGGCUGCCCGCAUCCAGUGCCCACAAGAUGGGUGCAAACGCAUCCUGGACUCCAAAUCUUUAGAUUUGUUGGUCACAGUUGAUCUCAAUGACCGAUACCUUGAACUACUCACUCGCACUUAUGUUGAAGACAAGGAGCAGUUAAAGUGGUGCCCGGCUCCGGACUGCGUCAACGCUAUUGAGUGCGGUAUCAAAAAGAAGGACCUUGGUAAAGUUGUGCCAACAGUUGCCUGUGACUGCAAGCACCGCUUCUGUUUUGGUUGUGGUCUGAGCGAUCACCAACCUGCUCCCUGCGAUCUUGUCAAGAAGUGGCUCAAAAAGUGUGCGGACGAUUCGGAAACAGCCAACUGGAUCUCAGCCAACACGAAGGAAUGCCCCAAGUGUAAUUCUACUAUCGAGAAGAAUGGAGGAUGCAAUCAUAUGACUUGCAGGAAAUGUAAGCACGAAUUCUGUUGGAUGUGCAUGGGUUUAUGGUCGGAGCACGGUACAAGUUGGUACAACUGCAACAGAUUCGAGGAGAAAAGUGGUUCAGAAGCUCGCGACGCCCAGACAAAGUCCCGUGUUUCUCUAGAGCGAUAUCUACAUUACUACAACCGCUACGCCAACCAUGAGCAGUCUGCGAAGCUCGACAAAGAUAUCUACCAGAAGACCGAGUCCAAGAUGAUCAAGCUUCAGACCGCUUCGGGCAUGUCCUGGAUCGAGGUACAAUACCUGAAUACGGCAUCCCAAGCUCUUCAGACCUGUCGGCAAACACUGAAAUGGACGUAUGCCUUCGCUUUCUACCUGGCCCGCAACAACAUGACCGAGAUGUUUGAGGACAACCAGAAGGAUCUCGAGAUGGCUGUCGAAGCUUUGUCAGAGAUGUUCGAAAAGCCAGUAGAGGAACUCUCGGCUCCCAAGAUGAAGGUGGAGAUCAUGGACAAAACAUCCUACUGCAACAAGCGUCGGGUUAUCUUGCUCAGAGAUACAGCGGACAAUUUGGCGAACGGUGUGUGGUCAUGGAGCACAACGUUCUGA